AUGACAGCCCGAAAUGGACAUCCCCUGGUAUCCUACCAACCGCUAAGGCUCCUUUUCCAGCUGUCAUACAUCGUCGUGGUCAUCUUGCGCCUCCCAUACUAUGCCACUAUAUCUUUGAUCCCGUUUCUUAGAGCAAACAGAAAAUGGACCGCGAAGCAGACCUUCAUGACCCGCAUCACUUAUCCGUUGCUGGAUGCUGUGUCUCGAGUAGGAAUCACAGAGACGCUCACUUUGGACCUAGGAAAGGAGGGUAAGAGGUUCCAAAUGGUUCCAGUGUCCACUUCGGAUGUUUACAAAGGGCCACUGGCAUCUAAGACUGUCAAGCCCGCUAAGAUUGGAGGAACCUGGUAUCCGGAUGCUCCUGGAGCGCAGGUGACUUCAAAGACUAUCGUGCUUUAUUUCCACGGAGGAGCCUUCGUCCAAGGCGAUGGGCGGACGGAGCAAUGUGGACCCAUCGCCAAGUACUUUCUCGACAAAGGGACCGCCGAUGCCGUCUUCUGCUUGCAAUACCGCCUUUCAGGCCACGGGGGCAUGAAUCCGUUUCCAGCCGCACUGCAAGACGCGCUGUCCAGCUACCUGUUUCUCCUACAGCAACUUAACAUUCCGCCUCACCAGAUCGUUUUCGCCGGCGACAGCGCCGGCGCCAACCUCGCGGCGGCCCUGCUGCGCUAUCUCUAUGAGUUUGGAUCUACCAUCAAGACACCGACACCCAAAUGCGCCGUGUUGCUUUCGCCGUGGGUCGACCCGUUCUAUUUGAAUCCAACAGGUAACCCGCAGCGCAACACCGACUUCGUCCCAGGCACGUAUGGUGCCUGGGGAGCCUACUCCUAUGCGGGCAGCUGUUCCGAGCCUUGGGCCAAUCCUUACAUCACGCAGCUAGGCCAUCCGUUCCCGACGCCUGUUCCCCUGUUCGUGAAUGUGGGGACCUCGGAGCUAUUCUUAGAGCGCAUAACACGGUGGGCGGUGGAGAUGCGCGGAAUUGAGGGCAACGUAGUGGAACUACAUAAUGAAGAAGACGCGGUCCACGAUACGUAUUUGAUUGGCCAACUGAUGGGGUUUGAGGAGAGCGCUUGGGGCGUCGCAUCAAAGGUUGCCGAGUUUGUGCAGAACCUCUAG